GAAUACGGUAGAAAGAAGAAAGCGCGUUGCUGUGAAAAUAUUUUUUUAAGGAUCGCAUCAUCUUCUAAAGUAAGCCGAAGCUUGGAGUUCCCUCCCAAAGCUGACCUCGCAACUUUCUCUACCUUUUUAUCUUGUAAUCUGAAAGCGAACCGCAACCGAUUAUGUCGCUGUUUUCGGACUGCCUUUAUUCACUGCAAAAAUGUCUGGGUCGGGAAGAGUCGGGACUUGUAAUGCUGUCUGCGGAUUCUAAAAAUAUCUGUGUUGGAUGAACAGCAAGAAGAGUCCAGUUCUUGGCACGCGGAGGUGCGUUUCUCAUGCGUGAUCAGCAUCGUGAACUCUCAAAAAAACUGUGAUGCUAGGAGCUGCAUCACUGACCUCAUGGGUUAUGCAAAAUGUGCAUGACAAACUCCGACUCUUCCAGCAGACCCAGACAUAUUUGUAUUUGAUAGCCUUAAGGCGCUGCACCGCGGGAAUGAGGAGGACCUGCUGGUCGAGGAGAUUGUGGAACAGGAAAACACCGGCAAAAAGAAGUAUGGGAGUGUCAGAGCCGAAAGCGACAAAAUCGAAACACUUGCGACGCACAAAAUCGACGCCAGUGAAGCCCAGAGCUUCUCUUGCAGUCGGCGCAUGACAAAUUUUCCCCGGCCUGGAAGCGAAUCUGUCAUGCAGUUUAGGGCAAUAGAGCUGCUCUCUGUCAUGCUAGCCAGCAGCCCAACACUUAACCCUCACCAGGACUACAAUCCGCCUUCCUUGCAUCCCCUGCACCAGAGUCGCUUUUUGCGUGGCAUUUUGUGCAUUACAUUUCAUUUUGAUUUUGUCGAUUUCGAUCCUGACAUUUCCAUAAGAAGGGAACGGAAUACCCGAAUGCGGGGUCCAGCAAGGAUACCUGCGUCCCGUUUUCCCUUAUCCAUUGCAAAUAUGUAUGGGUCUGGAGCAACACAAGACUUGCAAAAUAAAUGCUGGCGCUGGACCCACAUACGACCCCCAAACCUUGUACAUGCGCGUUGCGGAAUAUUUUCAAAUAUGUG